ACUUGUAUUUGGGUGGUGGUGGAUUUAUUUAGUAAACUGGCUCAUUUUAUUCCUUGUUCAACCAUUCCGGCGGCCCCUACGUUGGCCUUACUAUUUACUAAGCACAUCUAUCGUUUGCACGGAGCACCCGAGGUGAUUAUUUCAGAUAGGGCUCCGCAAUUUGUGUCACGCUUUUGGAAACACUUCCAUGAGUGCUUGGGGACUAAGUUAAACGUUUCUUCAGCCUUUCAUCCGCAAACGGAUGGACAGUCGGAACGGGUUAAUGGGCUCUUAGAGCAGUAUUUGCGUUGUUUUUGUUUAGAUCAACCCACGGCUUGGGUGAAGUGGUUACCGGUGGCGGAAUUUGCUUACAACAAUGCGGUGCACACGUCUAGUCAGCAUACGCCAUUUGAGCUAACUUAUGGUUUUCACCCACGGGGAGGUGUGGCGCCGUCGACCAAUGUGGUCUCUUCGGACCCUGUGUACCGCUCUACGGAAAUGGCUGCAUUGCAUGAUGUUGCCCGUCGCUUACUGUUGGAAGCUAAGGCAACGCAGAAGACUCAGGCUGACCGCCACAGGCAGGCAGGGGAGGAGUUGGAAGAAGGGGAUUUGGUGUGGUUAUCUUCCAAACAUAUUAAACAGGCUGGGGGAAAGUUUGCGCCUCGGUAUUUGGGUCCCUUUCCUAUCGUUAAAAAGAUAUCUUCCGUUGCGUUUCGUUUGCGUUUGCCGUCUAGUUUAAAGGUCCAUCCAGUCUUUCAUCGUUCGCUGUUGAAACUUGAUACCUCUAGUCGUCGUGGUGCUAUAGCGGAGGGUAUCACUGCCACUUCUCCGCCAUCGGGGGAGGAGGCCUUUGUGAGAGGAGAUAGUGUUAUGAUUGAGCCUCAUGGCUCUGUUACUGACAGACGUGGGCGUAAGACUCCUCGAGAGUCAGAUACUCUCGAGGAGCGAGAGAGAAAAAGACUGCGAGACAUAUUUGCAGCACCAUCUGACGAAGAGUCUUUCGAGGGGUUUACGGAGAGAAUGGAGGAGGGGCUGGUUAGCUCGGAGGAGGAUGAGAUGGAUUGGACUCGGGUAAGGGAGGAAUUGGGUGCCACUGGCCAUGAUGGGAUAGAAGAUGAAUGGGGACCUUCAGGAUUAGACCCAUGGCUUAGCUGGAGGGAUGGGACGGGAUCCACAGCUGGAGAUGCUGUUGGGCGUAGUCAGAGGUGUUCCAGCUCUGACGAGGAAAGUGAUGAGGAAACGCCCGGGUUAAGGAGGACAGCUGACAGUGAUGAGGAUUUGUAACUGGCAUAAAAUGGGGCUUGGGAGCAAUUGCAAAUUGCGUUGGGCAAGGUAAUCUGGACAAACGCUUGGGAUCUGUGUGUGUGGGACGCUUUCCUGAAGACUGGUGUGUUUUCCUGUGCUGAGACCUUGACCUUCCGUCGUCUUCUUGACGGACGCCAUCUCCUGCUUUGAAAACUCGGACUGAACUGACCACGGCUUGUCUUCCCCCCUUCUUGGACUUGGAAAACUACAAACGUCUGCUUCUGGCUUUGAUCUACGGAACGGAACUGGUCUACUCUACUGCUACAAUCCUUGGCUGAUCUGCUCGUGUUGGAAAUCCUGUCUGCUGUGUGUGUGUGGGAGCGACGCAAGUUACUCUAAGCACAGUGUUGGCAGCAGAGAGGAAUCUGCUGCCAAUUAGUUGCAUUCUUUGUAUCUUUUGUUCCUUGGCUUUCGUUUUGUUUAUCUUCAGGCUGAAGCAAGCAGUUUGUUUUUACCCGGAUUAAACUCCGGUUUAAUCCGGUUUAUCUUUUGAACAUUUACUUUUGUCCCUUUUUGCUCCUAAAGGCAAAUACUGCCUGGCCCUUGUGUUUUACGGGCAUUUUUUGAGUUCUGUAAUCUAAUAAACUCUGUUACUUUGAA